UGCUAACAUAGACUUUUAGGAACAAAAUUCCCGAUUCAAGAGAAUAAAGCAACACAGAGGAUAAAAAAUGAGGUGCACGGUUGACUGUGUCAUCAUCAACUUUGCGGAAGUCAACUCUGAGGCUUCUUUCACAGGUGAAUGUUCUUUGUUCCCUGUGGCGAUCAACUUUCAUGUGAAUCGCUGUCCCUUCCAAAGAAGCCAUGCAAUGAUACCGACAGAGGAAAGCAGAGCAUGUCAGCCUUAGAUACAAAUGGCCGGCCGUAUUCUCCCUCACGGAGUUGAGCGAGGGGUAGUGAGGAGGAGGAGGAGGAGGAGAUGAGCUGCAACGGGUGCAGGGUGCUGCGCAAGGGGUGCAGCCGCGCGUGCGUGCUGCGGCCGUGCCUCCGAUGGAUCGACACGGCGGAGGCGCAGGGCCACGCCACCGCCUUCGUCGCCAGGUUCUUCGGCCGCGCCGCCUUCAUGUCCCUCCUCUCCGCUGUCCCCGACUCCCAACGCCCCGCCCUGUUCCAGUCGCUGCUCUUCGAGGCGUGUGGCCGGACCAUCAACCCCGUGGGCGGCGCCGUCGGGCUGCUCUGUACCGGCAACUGGCAUCUCUGCCAGGCCGCCGUCAACGCCGUCCUCAACGGCGACGCCCUCGCCCCCCUUCCCAGCCAUCCCACCGCCGGCAGCUUCCCGCCGACCCCAGUGUCCGAACCCAAGCGGCGCAGCGCGGCGUCCCCGUCUUCCUCCUCCGCUUUCUUCCCUCGAGACAUGGACCUGUGGUUGUUUCCGAGGCCGGCCGCUGGCGCCAGCGAAGAGACGCCAGCGAACUCGGAGGGGUCGGUGGCGACGGCCAGCGGCGCACCGACGUUGCUCAACCUCUUCGGUUGAGUGGAAGCACUUCCGCUUCACGAGUGCGCUCGCACGCGCGCACGC